CAAAAGAAAGGGAAGAAGAAAAAGACCAAGAAGAAGAAGAACUCCGCACAUUUACUGAGCUAACUACUCCUGUCCUUUUUGGAUUUUUUUUUUAAAAAAUGAGAAGAAAAUGUAUUUUCGGAUGCCCAGGAGACUACCCUCUUUUUAAGCUUCCCAAGGAUGAGACGGUUCUUAAGCAAUGGCUGGACUUCAUCAUUCAAAAUAACACUCCGACGAAAAAAAAUUGGCACAUCUGUGCGAGGCACUUUACCGACGACAGCUUUCUAAACAAAAGGGAAUUUGACAGUGGACUAAUAACAAGAUUAUCACUAAAAGACGACGCAAUUCCAACGCUCAGAAGAGCCCAGGCGCCGUUGGCGUCUGCGCAGGGACUACCUCAGAUUAAACAAACUCGUCCGCCUGGUGCCACAAACUCGGCAUUGGAACACACUGAAUGUUUCCUUAGUACAAGAUCGGUGUCUACACAGUUGUCAGCUGGAACGUUGAGGUUACAACACUACCGGAGUAAAGGUGUACAAGCUACUGUUCACACUGCAAGCAGAGGCACUGACGCUGAUCAGUCUUUACCGCACUUCCUGUCAACACCGGUAAAAUCUGCACUUGGCGCACAAUCAAAACGACCUCGCCUGGAAGUUGGGAAGGAAGAGGAUGAUGACUUCAGGAUCUCCAGUCCUGUAUCUCAGGAUUCAAACUAUUACCCAGGAGAUACAGUCACAAACUUCUCUGACCUGAUUGACAUGGAGUCUCCGUCUGAGUUAGAAGAUGCAGAAUACAUUGUGUCUGAAAGCGCUCUUAGGGAAAUUUUUGAGAACUGCCCUGUGUGCGAGAGACACUGCAUAGUACAUCUGCGCAGAUGUGGAACAGUUGUUGCUUUCAAGCAGGACUGUCCACAUUGUUUUUUCACUCGGAAAUGGCAGAGCCAGCCAACGUUGGAGGAAAUUACCACAGAGUAGUCUGGAGGUCUCAGCGGCAGUGUAUUUCAACGGGGCGGGGAGAAUCAUAUUCAACAUUUGAAAGGAUUUGCGACACCGUAAGCUUUGCGGUGCACCGCUGUGAUACGCUUCGGAGGCAGAGGAUGAUGGGACGUCGAGAUUUAAUCCAGCUUUGCUUGGAAGCCAACAUGGCUUCCGCAGGAUCAACAAGCCGAAAUCUGUCUCCAAGGAUUUACCAGCACCAACUCACAAAACUAAGAUAUGUCAGAAAUCCGAAACAUCUGUAAUUAUAAGAAAUUGUAAAUAUUAUUAAGGAUUGUAAUAAAUGUUUGUACAUUUUAAAA